AUUAUUGUAUUUGAAAUAGUUAUAUAAAUAUUUAAGUAUAUGAUUAACAUUAAAAAUAUAUACCACUUAUGUUCUAAAACAAUAAUUUAUGUAUAGAAAAGUGAAAACAAACACCCGUGCGGUUGCACGGGUCAAAAUCUAGUUAUUUUAUUAUGUAUGUUAUUGAUUUUUGUAACAUGUUAUACAUAAUUGUGAUCAUUAGAAAAACAUGUAUUAUAGUUUGUUACCUAACACAUCAUUUGUUAGCUAAUACAUCAUUUCUUACUUUGUGCCUUUUUGGUAUAUUGUUUGUUAGAUGGUAUAUAAUUUGUUAUCUGAUAAACGUUUAGGUUGAUACAUUCUUUCAUACAAAGAAAAAAAAAACAAAUGGUUUGAUAAAUAUUUUGUUAUGUGAUCAAUGAUCUUUUAACUGAUACAUAUUUUGUUAGCCGACGCAAAGAACCGAUAACUGGUUUGUUAGAUGUUACAAGAGACUUGCCCUUAACUAAUAUAUGAUUGUGUAGCAGAUAAAUAGUUUAUUAGCUUAUAUGUUGUUUGAUACUGAUGUAGCGUACAUCAUAAAACCUUUGAGCUUUGGUUUUCUUAUUUCCUUUUCUAAGAUAUCUAUGUUUUCCUUUUUAGCUUACGUUUAGGUUUUCCUUUAUUUGUUAGGACUUAUGUCCCUAUAUAUAUUGUGAUCUCUUGGCUUGUGAGAGACACAACUUUUUGAAUCAUUGAAUUAAUAAACUAGAGCUUUUGUGUUAACAAACUCUUGAAUCCUUACUUCCGGGCAUUCUCUAAGAAUUCAACGGCUUUAAGAAGGCUUAGCUAACGGGUAUUCUCAGAAUUCAACGUUACCUUCGCGUUAUCGGUUACUAAAGGUACUUCCGCUCCUUCAGAUACAUAGUUUUUUAACAAAACCUGUAAUUCAAUCUCUAGUAUUUACUUGUAAAAUAAUUUGUAGAACUUGGACUUGUCGACAUGUCAUAGCAUUGCUUGCUUUGAUAAUACAAUGCAGAGAAAUUCUUUACGCACCGAGAAAAAAACAAAAAUGAAAAAUGUAGAAAGAAGAGAGAGAGAGAGAGGGAGACACCAGUUGAGACAUAACCAAUACCUCAAAAUCACACAAUAUGGAUUAUUGUCAACUAUAAAAUUUUGCUUCUAACUAUAAUUGUAUCGUUUAACAAUAUUGAUUAUUUAAAAGUAUAAAAUAUGCCUCCAACCUUUUCUUUAUUAUUUUAACAUUAAAAGAUAUAUGAUUAUAAUACAACUUACAUACUAAUAUUAUAGUUUAAUAGUAAAUUUAGACGCUAAUAUUAUUUUUAGCAUCUAAUAUUCAAGGUUAACAUUCUAUUUUCAACUACAUAAGACUCAUAUGUUCAUAAGAUAUGUUAAUGAUACUUUUUGUGUUGUCGGCUAUUAAAAAGUUUAUACGCUAACAUUUUAUAUAACAACUAACAUUGUAUACUAACUUUCAGUAUAUCAAUAACCAUACAAAUAUGUUUAUAUAGUAUGUUUUAGUGGCUAUCCAUUACACUGAAACUUGUAUGUGUUCUUUGUAGAUUUUAGACAGAUUGCAAAGAUCUUCAUUCCCAAAAAUAUUUCUUUUCAUAUGCUUGUAGUUACUCUCGUUUGAGACUAACAAACAGAGAGAUUUGUGGGACGCAUGACUUACUUUGAUAUCAUUACUCACUAGUAUACAUGUAAAAUCUAAUUUUAAUGGAAUUGGUCUAUCAAUGACAGAAACGAGAUAAGGAUGACCAUCGAAAGAUUAAUGGCGAUAGCAUAGUUAUUGUUGUAUUUGAGAGAUUUAAAAAAAGACGUUGAAAAGAUAAAACAUUAAAAUUUUGAUGAUAUCAAAUGAAUCUCUCUUUUUUAUUUAUUUAAAUACAUGAAAUAUCAAUUACAAUCUUGCGGUCGAAAAUUAGUUUAAGCAACAUACGGACAAAAACUCUUCUACAGCCACACCUACAACCUUGAAUAGUCACACUGCUACAAAUUCCUGCCAACAACAGCGUCAGAGUACGUUACUGAUUUUGUGUCAGAACAGAAGAAGGGCAAUUUUGGAACAUCAAGUAACAAAGUGCAUAGCUGGAACCAUUUAUGUUUUGUCAUAGGUACUUUGCAGAUUUUUUUUUUAUUUUGUCACAAAAGGUACUUUGCAGAUUUUAUCUUCUAUUUGGGGUAUUGAGCAUAAUCACUCUAAUUUUAAAAUAUAUUUAGUUUCAUUCAUGUUGUGUUGGUUUUAAUUCCUACACUAUUAUGAAAUUAAUUAAAAAAAAUCACUUGUAAAACUAGUAUGUAUAUAGGCACAUGUAUUUUUAAGCAAAAUAUUCGGAGUUGGAACAUUACUUAUUUAGUAAUAUGUAAUUUUUUAAACUUUGGGUACUAUAUAAUUGACUUAUAAUAAUUUUCAAAAUUUUAAAAUGCGAAAAGAAAAAUUUUAAGUAAAUAAUUUUCAAAUUUGUAUGGCGGAAAAGUAUAUAAAUAAAUAAAAAAACUUUCAUAAAAUAAAUUAAUGUCUCUUGGAUAGAUAUUCAUAUAUUAUGAAAAAAGUAUUUUUAUUUUUUCAAAAAGUAUUUGUUUUGUUAAACAAAUGAAUAUAUGUAUGAUAUGAAACUUUUUUGGGAAAAUGCUUGAUUUCAACCUAUUAUCUCAUUCAUUUUCAUUUAUUUAUAAACUAAUAUUAAUUAAUUUAUUAUAGUGGUGAUAUAUAAACAUUUAUUUUGUUGUCUAACUUUGUUCAAUUUGAAAACAAAUGAAAUAUUUUGAAAAAUAGACUUGAAUAAUAUUUUUCCUGAUGUUGUAUAUCCUCUUACGUAAUUCAAAUGACAUAUAUCCAAUUUUAAUAUAUUUUUUCUUGCUUACUUUGUAUUUUUUUUUCCCAACUGAAUUAGAUUAGCAAAAAAGGCCGAAGCCUAAAGUGAGUUACAAAGACCUAAAGGCCCAAACACAAAGCCCAACUUAAACGAACCAACCCGCUUAGGCCCAAGCCCGUUACCCUCGAAACCAAACUCGCCGACUCGCGGUUCGCCCUACCUCGAGAAGCAAACCCGCAAAACGUCGCCACCACCGGGAGCACUUACGUCGGAGAACGGACGCGUCUCACCGGCCACUACAGGAACAUGCCUCACCGUGACAAACCGGAUCCCAUGACCUACACACACUCUUCACCACCGCCGUCUUUUACUCUAGUGUAAUCUUUACCGGCGAGAUCAAUCGCCGGAGCGAGAUCAUCACCACCACCGUUCAAGCACACACCAGAGUAACAACAUCGGCUCACAGAACAUCACCAUCUUGAUACGGACGCUUCUCUCUUCCUCCAACGAGAGCGCACACACGGGUCUCAAACAUCACCAACGCCAUAAACAAACACAAAGGCCCUAAAAAACUAAUCUAAAAAUUAAGCAGAAGAAGAAGAAAAAGCAAGAGUCGACGGGGAAAGGUACAGGACGCCUUCACCCCUCGGUGCAUGAUACCGACGACGCAGAGCUGAGAGAGCCUCUACCUCCCGGAGACUUUGCCGGCGACGCAGAGCUGAAGAAGCCUCCACCCCCGGAAACUUGAACGGCGACGGCGGAACUAACGGAGCCUCCGCCUCCCGGAAUAAACCCUAACUUCAACCCAAAAAACUAACAAGCUGUCACGACGAGCCGCGUCCUACUACCUCACCACGAAUCCAGAGAAAGGGAGGUUACCGCCGUUUGAAACCCUCCGUAGACAGAUCUCUUCCGGCGAUAAAACCCUAGUCCAGAUCCGAAAAUAUAUCGGAUAGGACAGCAGAUCGACGCGCACUGUGGGAAACCUAGCAUGGAUCGACAAGAAGGGAGCCACCGGUGCCGACACGCGCGCAUACGCGCCGCCGGACGUCGGUGCUUUCCUCCCACGCGUUUUCUCUCUUUUCUCUCUCUCUCUUUGGUUUUGUUUUUAAUUUCUUGCUUACUUUGUAACAAGUGUAGUAUUCAAAUAAAGUAAAUAAAUUUUUUAUUGUACUCCAAAACUAAUAUUUAGGAUACUAUAUAAAAUAAUUAAUUUUCAGAAAAAAAAGUUCAAAGUAGCCAGAACUGGUUGGAAAAGAUGGAGAAAUAGCGAAAAUGACGAUUGAAAAAGAAAAUCCAAAUGUGACAGCAAUUAUCAUGUCAAUAGGAAUUGUGAAGAUAAACUUUUGCUGCAACAAGGUCUAUAUUUUUAUUGAUUCCAACCAUAAUGUUGUAAGCGUUCCCAUAAUUGGGUGAUUUUUAUCAUUACUUAUAUCAUAUAUAUGAUCUAAGUAUCAUUAAUAAUAAACACUAUAAUGAAUAUUUUACCAAAAAAAACACUAUAAUGAAUAAGCCAUCAUGGCAUACCUUUUUCAUUACAUGUGAAAUUUCAUUUAAAAUCUUAACAAUUCUAUCUACUUAUUUGGCAAAUUUGGCUCCCAUAGGAUGAGAAGGAAUAUUUAAUUUCUCUUUAUUCCUUAAUUUUUUUACCAGAAGUAUCAUUUAUAGAUAAUAUUAUUCUACAUAAUUUUAUUCCUUUUUCAUAGAUAUUUUAAAACAAAAUACUAAUUAUUAAAUUUGAGAAUGAACAAAAUGAAUAUAUUUUCCUACUCAUUCCAAUCAAUUUAUUCUUUUUCAUUUUUUCAUUUUUUCAUCUCAUUCCUGUUGUAUUUCGUGUGGUUCCUGUUAUAACUUUUUUUUCAUAAAUCACCAAUUAGAACCCUUGUAUCAUUAAAGAUGAUCUGGGGCUGUAAUAUUUUUGUAUUUAUGGGGCAUAGACUUAGAAGAUUAUAUAAGUUAUUACAAGUUUUUAAUGGUGCACUUGCACACACCAAACUCUUGACUACAUCUACCCUUAGAAUUUGAAAGAAGUCUAAACGUUCAUUAUAUCUGUGUAGUAUAUAUGUUUCAUGUAAUCAAAUUUUUCGAAUGUCUUCAAUGAUUGUCAAAAGUUACAGAGAAGGUAACCAUUUUGAUGAUUAUGAUUUUGUUGUAACAAUUUUUUUGAAUGUCUUAGGGUUUGUUACGAUUUCAUUAUGAUCAGCCAUGACUAAUGCUUGUAACAAACAAGUUUUCCUAACGACUAAUGCUUGUAACAAUAACUACUGCUUGUAACAAAACAGUUUUGCUAAUGAAUAUUGCUUGUAACAAUGACCACUGCUUGUAUCAAACGAGACAAAUGAGUAAAUGACUAAUGCUUGUAACUGUUGGACCAAUUUAAUUAUUAGUCCAAUAGCUUGUGUAACAAAUUGGAAGUGUGAAUAGAAUUUUAUAAGUCUAAUAGGUUGGGUAAAAUUUUGAAUUAAUGUGAAUGGUUAUGGAAAUGUAUUUGAUUCAUUUUUACAAGUCCAAAGCUGCGUAAAUUGAGUUUUGAAUAUUUAAAAAAAAAAAUUUUAAAAAACUUAGUGGCCGAGUUAGCUAAACUUGAUCCACUAUAAAUAAACCAUAUUCCACUUCACAAAGAUGAUCAUCUCAUAACUCACACAAUCAUCUUUCACUAGAAAAAGAAACUUUCUCUCACUAAAAGAUACUUUUUAGAUUUUCUCUUUUAAAAGGAAGUGUCUUAGGAGUAUAUCGUAAUAGUUUGUUUGUUUCGGGUAUUGUGAAACGGUCUCAUCACGGUUGUAUCAUGGGAUUCAAAAAUCGCAUAAAAUCGUCACACAGUACGGACGAUUUAUUGAGUUAAUGAAAGAGAUCAAAUCUCGACUUCGCGAAUUUCGUCUAUUUCUUUAUGAUUUUUUUAAAUGUUUUUAGUAUUUAUAUUAUAAUUUAUUUGAUUUUGGUUUCGUAAUUUUUAAUCAGAAGUUCCGUGGUCCUAACAUGACUGAUCAUGUUCUUUGCGUGUGCAGGUAAUGGAUAAGUUAUCCACCAUCGCCCUAUUAAACACAGUAACCACUAUAUAUAUCCAACGUGAAUAAUUUUCCGUUUGUACGAGAGGCUCCGUCAAGUGAAACUCCAAGUGAGGUACGAUAACGGAAGCAGAUCUUUGCAUCUAUCUAGCUUCCUCUACGGUCACUACGUACUUCAAUGGACGACUGCAAGUGUGAGAUUGAAAACUGGGACUUGGGUGCUGGGUCUUACGUGUCAUUUACUUACUAAGAGUUCACUAGAAGAAGAUGCUGACACAAUGCUAGAACUGGUAUGUCUAGGUCUAAAAUUUGAAAUUCAACUCCUAGAGCUCUCAAGUUGCUUAAAAGUUUCUAAAAAUCCUAUUUUUUCUUAAAAAAAAAGCUAUUAGAAAAUAAUUUUACUUUUAAUAAAAAAAUUAAAAAUCUAUUUGAAAAUAAUUUAUUAAAUAAUAUUUCCUUUUCUUAAGUCCUAAUUUUCCUUCUUUUAAAAUUUUUAAUUUUCCUUCUUUUAAAAAUUCUAAUUUUCUUUUUUUUAAAUCUUAAUUUUCCAUUUAAAAAAAAUAAAUUCUCUUUUAAAAAACCUUAAACAAAAGAUAAUUAUAAAAUAAUAAUUCAUCUAAACAAAUCUUAAACAUGAUAUUAAAAUAGCAAAACUAAUAAGAUUGUUUUACUAUAAUUAACAUUAAAAUCUUAUUGAAAACAAACCCCCUAAGUAAAAGGAAAAGGGGAAAAGUUGUGGAAAGAAACAAGUAUAAAUAAACAAAUAUGAACAGAACCAGCAACCGAAUCAGAACUCGGAGUGGAAUUUCAGAAUCUCACAGCAAUAUGGAGAGAUCAUCAUCUGAUCAGGUUAAUGAUGUUGAUUGGAUCAGCAAUCUCCCGGACGAUGUAUUGCUUGUGAUAUUAUCGAGACUUUCCACAGAAGAAGCGGUAAGGACGAGUGUUAUGUCCAAACGAUGGGAACACGUGUGGAAGCACAUACCUCACCUAAUCUUGGACAUGACAAGGAUUGUCAAUUCCAAAGAGCCGAUUUAUGGUUCGAAUCGAGUUGCUACACUGAUGACUAAGAUUAUAGAUAAUCACCGUGGACAUCUAGAGAGCUGUGCAAUCGACCAUUACUCAUUCCAAAGUGUAAAUGGAAUGCUCAAUACUUGGAUUCAAGCACUAACUUGCGUGAAACACACCAGAGUUCUCACACUUACACACCAUUGUCCACACCCUUGUGUUCCUAUGGAUCUAGAGGACUUCAACAGAUUUCGUGACAUUUCACCUAACGUCAUGUCCCAUCCAAGCCUUAGGUCACUCUCACUAGGUUUCUACAAUCUUGAAAACUCACUUCCCUUCAGCAAUUGCUCCAAUCUCCAGACCCUCAAACUCUCAUGUAUUGUGGCCGAGGUUGGAGUCUUUAACAGAGUACUCGCAUUUUGCUCUUCUCUCGAGGUGCUUGUACUAGACAUCAAGUUCUCAAAGAAAAAUGGUGAUCCUUUGAAGAUUGAGAACAAGAAAUUAAAGCUCCUACUAGUUGCUUGUUGCAGAAAUGCUGAUGGCAUUAGAGUGUCAGCAGCUAGUCUAGAAAUCCUCGCCAUCACAUAUAGAUAUUUUAGGAGAGAUGAAUUUUUCCUCACGGCCCCCCAACUCCAAUUCAAUAGAAACUUUUGGGUUGCAGGGGAAUACAUGCCCCACAUCAGCUACAAUAUAUCAAAGGAGAAAAAAAGCAUUGGGCAUGAAGAAUUUGUCAACUUAUCAGGUGAUUUUUUGAUACCGACUGCAUCCUUGUCGGUGCGUGUGGAUCUAAUGAAUCCGACAGAAGUUGAGAGGUUAAGACAAGUCUUACGUUUAUGGACUCGUAAAAUGAUAGAGCUCGAGAUCAUAUUCAAGGAUAACAAUGCUCCUAGGGAAGAAAGUGAUUCUUGGAAGAAUAAUAAUAAUUUCCCCAAUGCUGAAUUCCGCGUAAAUACGGUGUGGAUGCAUAACUUCAGCGGUUCAGAGGAAGAGUUUGCCUUAGCAUCACUCUUGAUUAGGCAACACAUGGUAGUAUCUAAGAUGAUGAUCAAGUUAACGUUAUUUCCUGCAAGCAAAAAAUCAAAGAUAGAAGCCGCAGUGGCCAAGCUUCAGGCACUUCAAACAGAAGAUCAACCGGACAUUACCAUCAAAUGUUUCUAGUCGAUUUUGAAUUCAACUUAUUAUGUUGAAAGACACACUAUUCCAACUUUCCAUUCUCAAUGCUUUUCAUUCGUCUGGAUUGUUUUUGUUCCUUGUUCAUAGAGUCAUUUUCUUUCUCUAGGUACAUUAUGAUGAGUCUAAUGAUUUUAUCAAGACUUUUAGUCACAUGUUACUGAUGUUAAAAGGGCUUAUCUGGCUAAUGUUAAAUACUUUUUUUACUCAGUCGAGUAAAGAAGCCUUUGUUAAGAUGGCAAACAAAUGAAAGUUUUAGUUGGAAAAUUUGUUUUGCUUUCAAAGAUGAUAAGGAAUAUUUUCAAAUUGUCUCCUUCAACAAGUUUAGUACCAUAUUCUCUCUAUACAGUAUAAAAUUACUGGAGGGUCCCAUUUUCUUAACACUCAAACCAUUUGGCCCCUCCAUUCCUGUGUAUUAUUAUGUUUGUAUUUUUUUUCCUGUCUAGUCUGAUCUAAUAACUACAACAUUCUUUCGGAUGCAUGUGUGUUUGCUUGCAUUAAUAUGUUCAUACAUAUGUUAGAAGCGAACAUCUCUACUUCUAUUGCUUUGCUUUUUUUCUCUUUGCUCUACACUUUCGACCCUCAACUAUUUCAAUGAUUUUUAGUCUUCUUGAGUUUUCAAAAAGUUUUAUGCGUGCAUAUAUAUUACCAUCAACACUUUGCAUCUUCAACAGAAUAAGGCCAUAGAAAAAGAUAAAUAGAGAUUGUGAUUGACAAAUGUGUAGGCUACUACUACUGUAUCUGCAACUAAGAAUAUAUCCAGUUUUGAGUCCCACAUUAGCUAAAUGAGUGCUUUGAUAUGGUCUAAGAAUAUAUUAUUCAUAAGGGAAAAGGUCGAGAAACAAAUAUUAUGUUCCUUGGAAUGAUAUCUUUGCAUUUAUUUUAUACCCAACCAAACUUUAUAGGCGAUAUCUCAUGGUUGUGAUUACUCAAUACACUUUAUUCGGUGUUUGGGGAAGGAAGAACCUAUCAUAACCUUCAGUUAAAAACAUUUGAGCAUAUUACCAGAAUAGUUGAUCCCCAUGUGGGUGAGAAUAUGCUUUUCAUGUUGUGAGUUGCAAGUCUCUAAAAGUCUACUUGAAUGAAUCUCAUCAAACUCACUCCUCUCAUAUUAUGAUUUCUUUUUCUUUUUACCUAAGAUUAUGUUUAAUUAUAGUGCUUUCUGUAAAAGGUUAUAAGUGAAUUACUUCCUAAUCCAAUCAAGACUUUCAGAAGUUGUAAAGGAUUCUUGAUUUUUUUUUUUUUGUAACAGAAAACGAUUCUUGAUAUAUUUCACUUUUAUUCCCUGCAUGUCAUACUUUUUGAGUUCACAGCUAAAUGUUGCUCAUGAUAAAUUUUAAAUUUUGUAGACAGUUCUUGAUAAUAGUUUUUUUUUUUGGAACUAUUUUUUGCAUUAAAAUUAAAAAGAAAAUAGCAAUAAAGGAUCCUUAAUAUCUAACAAGUCGAGUCUUAUGUCGGUCCUAUAGAACACCAACACAUAGAAAAAGGGCUGAAGGAACCAGUUUUACCUUACAACAAAAAAAGAAACAAAAAUGAUGAUGCUGAUUGUGAAUCCGUAUUUGUAAGAAGACAUAUAUAGUUUACAUGGGUGCUGUUUCGACUCUAGUGAUACCGUUGACUCAUCAUACAAGUGUCCUCCGAGAGGUCAAUGGACAAAUGUAUGUUUAACUUAAAUAUGCUGAUUAGGUUAUUGAAUUAGUUUAGUUAUAUGUUUAGUUUUUUAAACACUUAGUUUUAGUAACCAUUUUAGCCUCUAAAGCACACUAUGAAAUCCAAACGAAAAGCACUUAUAUCAAUUGCUCAUUAGUUUACAUUUCUAUAGUAAAAAAAUAUUUUCUUUGUAUUUGAAUGAUUGAUGCUUUGAAUUUUGUUUUUGUAUUUAAGAAAUUGAAAGGUUUAAAGUAUAAUAACAUUAAGAUGUAAAAAUAUGAAUGGUGAGUCUUUAUUGGUAAAAUAAAAAAUAAUAAUAAGGGAAAUUACCUAUAAUAACAUACAUUUUGUAUGUAAUGACUAAAAUAACAUAAAAAAACAAAGAAAGAAAGAAAAAGUGGGUUAAAGUUCAAAAUACCCAAUCCAUUAAAUUAAUUAAGCCAGUUUAAAAAAUAAACACUCCUAAACCACGAGUAAAAAUACAGUUAUGUUGACAAAAAUAAAAGGUAAAAGCUUAAAAAAAAAAAAAAAAGUAAAACCCAACGACAACUCUCUUUCGCGUGACCCCAAGAACCCUAAAUCCCCAAAUUGUGAAAUCUUCAAACUCUUGAUUCUCUUUCUUUUUAACAUGAUUGCUCAUCAAUUUGGUCAUGUACCCGCUCUACUCUACCAUUAAAACAUUCGAUUCACAUAGGAUAAGUGAAUCCGAAACCCAGUCGACGAACCCUAAAUCCCCUUUCUGAAAUUCACAGUUCCGUCGAUCUCAAGCCUUUCAUCACUUAUUCUCGAUGAUUUCCACACUAUUAUAAGCUCAUAUCCGCUUCAAUCAUCCAUUCAUGCAAUCUAAGAAGCAAUCUUCUGGAAAUAUACAAUCUAUCUUUGGACCACAAAGGAAUCGCUGGACAGUAUCAUCAUAGUUUUUUUUUGGGAAAGAGCUGCAAGUUCCAUUGAAUACUGAUGAUGUCUCUGGUAUGGUGUGUCUUGUAAAAAUGACUGCGUAGAGAAAUAUAGGAGGUUUUUUCAGAUACUGGUGAGAUGGUUCCUGCAAGGCUGAGGA